CCCGCCGAAAGGUAACAAUAUUCCGCGGAAUACUUUACUGUGAUCUAGCCCACCGGCCUGAUUCCCAAUACUUACUUUCAACACUUCCUGAGAGAGCCCAGUAUCUCAAAGGCUACUUACAUUUUUGAUAUAAGAUGCCCAGAUAUGGUUUUCUUGACGACUACAGUGAAGGGGUGCACCCUACUGUCAUCGAAGCAUUAAGUCGGACCAAUUUGUCUCAACAGAAGGCAUAUUCGAACGACGAGUUCUGUGAAGAUGCGAGAAGAUUGAUUCGAGACAAGAUCAACGCUCCUGAAGCAACGAUUCACCUUGUGCCCAGUGGCACAGCAGCGAACCUUAUAUCGAUAGCAAGCUACUUGCGGCCGUAUGAGGCAAUCAUUGCAGCACCGUCUGGACACAUUGCCACAAAAGAAUCUGGUGCUAUAGAGUCCACUGGUCACAAGAUUAUCAUCACAGAGCCGACUGCAGACGGAAAAUUGACCCCAGAGAAGGUUGGGACAGCGUUCAAUCAAAAUUCCUUGUUUGCACACCAGGCAAAGCCCAGAAUGGUAUACAUCUCGAACGCGACCGAGAUGGGGACGGUGUACACCAGGAGCGAGCUCGCAGCUCUCAGCACAGCCUGCAGGAGUCUCGACCUUCUUCUUCUCAUGGACGGUGCUCGCCUCGGUGCUGCACUGACAUGCCCCAAGAACGACAUGUCCCUGGAUGACAUUUACAACCUUACAGAUGUCUUCUGGAUCGGAGGGACAAAGAAUGGGGCACUUUUGGGCGAGGCGGUGGUGAUCAAAGAUCAGAGUCUCGGGCAGUCAUUCCCUUACCACAUGAAACAGCGAGGGGCACUUCUGGCCAAAGGGCGGAUCUUGGGCAUUCAGUUCGUCACGCUUUUCAACGAUGAUCUCUUUUUCCGCCUUGCGCGUCACGCCAACGACACUGCGGCCAAGAUUUCCACCUCCCUGGUGAGUCUGGGGUUCAAAUUAUGGGCGCAGACCGAAACCAACCAAGUCUUCCCUGUUUUGCCGCCGGCGCUUGUUCGGGAAUUACAGAAAAACUUUGAUUUCCAUAUCUGGGAGCAUCUACAAGAUGGGUCUCUCGUUAUCCGGCUCGUCACUGGGUGGGCAACAGAAAUGGAGGCAGUGGAGAGAUUCUGUGCUCUGGCCUAUGCGUGGACGAAAAGAUCCAGAGAAGGUUACACAACAAUGGAGAAGCUUUAAAGGGUGACAGUCAAGUCGUGUCCUUCACCCCGGUCAGUGCCCGGUCGUGCUGGUGCAGAUACCCACUGACCUUAUAGGUCGUAGCAGCGAUAAAAGAGUAUAGCGUCCAAACAACUCCGAUCUAUGUGAUCCUACGAGUAUAACUUGACAAAUGCAUUCCGAUAAG